CAACUCGACCAGCAGUUAGUUCUCUACGCCGAUAAUAAGUUUCCAAACAACGAAACUCGCAUAUACAAGCCUGGCUCUUUAUCGGAGGUUCGUUUAGUCUUAUGAUUAGCACUCAAAAAGCCCGGUUUGCCGCCCGGACAGCGGUCGUCCGUCGUCGUUUAGUGAGACUAACGCAAAAUAUUUUGCAACUGUGAUCAGUUAGUUGUAAACUAAGUUAGUGUUAAGACUUAUUUUUUUUACACAAUUAUAAUUAUUAUUGUAAAAUGGGGUGUUUUUCGUGUUGUUUUAACGGUAAAUCUCAAGAAGAGGAUUUUGACUACGUAAGCUACAGACCUAGAAAUAAUAACAAUACUACAAAGGUUGCACCAGACCUGACGAAGGAUAACAACAUUGCCAGGUGUACCAUAGACGAGUUGAAGAACAAGUUUGGAAAUCAAGAAACAGGAGACCCGGAUUCGUUGACUGCCAUGAUACCGGAAUCGCAGAGGGGAUCUCCGCAUCCCCCGACGCCGCUUCUCACCGCGGAUGGGCUAAUUAUGCCUAGGAAAUUGCAUAAUCCCGUACUCGACAAUGCUGAAAGACAAAACUUACACCGGGAACUGCUGUUCAAUCAAAAAAUAGGUAAAAACGUAUUGAACCAAAAAUCCGAAUUACAGAGAGCGUUGGAAAAACACAAGACAAAUAUUGCUAAAAAAGAAUAUGAAACCAACAUGAAUGCCAUGUCUCCUGAGUUAGAGAAGGUCAUAGCAGAUAGAGCUAAAAAACGACAAGAGGUCAAUGCUGGAUCAACAGAGAAUGAAGACGAUAAAGGCCUCAGCAAAGAAUUUUUACAAGCCAGGGCUAAGUUAAAAGCCAGAUCUGACGUAAAGUAAUCGCAGUACAUCACCAACUUCAAUGACCCUCUUCUAUUUAUAUCAUAUAUUUUCAUACCAAACAGCCCCGCGUAAACGAAACAAUCGCAACGGACCCCGGAAACGGACGGAAGACAAAUACGACGUUUUGUAUUGUAGAUGUUUUUGAGUUGUAUGUGAUAGGAACAAGCUUCAUUUAUGACGUAAAAGUUACAGAAAGCAAUGUAUCUGUAAAUUAAUCAUUAUUAUGUAAGUACAAUUUAGUGAAUAAAUAUUUUUUAUAAA